AUGAGUCAGGCACAAUUAACUAACCCAAAUACAUAUACUUUGAGAGAUAUACUAUUGUUAUCACAACUUCUACAUAUAAAUCAUAUACCAACACUAAAGAAAUUAGAAUCAAUUGAUCAUGACCUACUAGUCACGAUACUAAAUGAAUGGAAACAGCAUAUAUCCACUACUUUAGAGCAUUCAACUAUAAAAAUUAAUACUUUGAAUCAAUUAAAAGAGUUGUAUAUAAAAUUAUUGGAGAAAUAUAAAGUUGAGAAUACUGAAAAUUUAGCAAAUGAAGUUUAUUUUUUGAGGAUUGAUGAAUUAGAGAACAUCAUACAAAGUAAGAAAGAGGAGUUUAAGAUGACUUUGAACGAAGGUGAAUAA